AGGCUGAAGCACACUUAACAGAUCGGUCGGAUGAUGGAGAGACAGGCCGACUCUCUAGCAUGGGAUCAGAAAGUCUUAUACUAGUGAUGGGGGUAACGGGUGCUGGGAAGAGCUACUUCAUCAAUCAACUCAAACCAAAUUCGGUGACGGAAGGGCAUAGCCUUGUGUCUCAAACGAAGACAUGCAAGCUCGUACAAAUGAAGAUUGGCGCUUGUACUGUAGCUGCAGUGGACACCCCAGGAUUCGAUGACGAUGAAGAUAGCGACGCGGUGGUACUGUCAAAGAUAACUCGAUUUCUUACCACCCAGUACCUCCUCAGCAUCUCUCUGAAAGGAAUCAUCUUACUACAUGACAUCUCCUCCACCCGGUUUUCAGGCUCUGAGAAAAGAUACCUUAACACCUUUCGACAAAUAUGUGGCGAGCACGCCUUCGCCAAUGUAGCCCUCGUAACCACCAUGUGGGCUUCAGUUGAUAAGAGUAUUGGCUUGCGGCGUGAGGAAGAGCUACAGAUUGGGCCUUGGGCUGAUCUUAUCUCCAAAGGAUCAUACACCUUUCAGUACAACGGAACUCCAGAUAUGGCCCAGACAAUCGCUGUUCAAAUGAUGGCAAAAGAUGAUGUGGUGCUCCAGAUUCAGGAAGAGCUCAAGAUCGGCCACUGCAAGUUGGAGAGCACCUCUGCUGGCGCCAAGCUAGCUGCACAGCUAGAAAAGCAGCUAGAGGAACGCCGUAAAAUAAUUCAAGAUCUCAACGCUCGGUUAGCGGUUGAGAAAAGGAGUCGUAAUCCCGGCGAAAAGCGAAAUAUAAAUCAGCGAUUAGCUGCACAGAGGGAGAAACAGCUUCGACAAAUCAGGGCCAGAGAUGAACUGAGGGCAAAGAUCGGCGAGGAAACAGAGAAAGCGAUUGAGGAGGUGGAUAAUAAUAAGAAGAGGAAGAGAGAGAAGUGGAAGAGUAGGCUUCAAAUUUUUGCCGCUGCCCUGGGACCAGUAAUUGCACUAACCGUAAAUCUGAUUCUACCUUUGGCAGGAGUAAAAGUAGGCUAA